AUGUCUAACGGCGAGCACGGCAUCGACUCGACGCGUCGCAACAUCAAGCCUCGGCUGUUGAGCGACAACGAGCGCGCUCGUCUCGAGGAAUACAUCGACUCAAUCCACUACUCUGCCAGAUAUUCUGACAGCGAAUAUGAGUACCGACACGUGCAGCUGCCCAAGGCCAUGCUCAAGGCCAUUCCGAAGGAGUACCAUGACAGUUCCAAAGGCACGCUGAAGUUGCUAUGGGAGGACGAGUGGCGAUCAAUGGGCAUCACACAGAGUCUCGGAUGGGAGCACUACGAGGUCCACGAGCCAGAGCCGCAUAUCCUACUCUUCAAGUGGGUUUACUCCUACAACGUGUUCAUUACACUUGGGUACUGA